AUGUCGUCUUUACCUGCGGAUGGCGUGGCUUCAGCCGCAAUGUCGCGGGAAAUGCUGCCGAAGCAGCAGCCAUUGGAAAUUCCGGGGUUCUUUUCGCAGAGGUUGUGUGGCCUCGCGCUUGUGAUGACGUGCGUCGUUCUCUCGGUGCUGGGGUUCUUGGCCUUCGCCAAGUGCGGCCUCUGCUCGAUUCGCGUCGGCGAGCACUUGCACCUGCUCUCGGAUCCAGAGCAACUUGCCGCCACCCAGUCCGCUUGGCAUCUGCCGUGUUCGGACGCCUGCCGAUCCGCCGCGGGCCAGGAUGUGGUGGUCGUCAGCAUCGAUGUUCGAAGAUCUUCCCUUGAUGUUCGCCUGAGCUCUGGCACUACUCUAACACUGGCGCCCACGGCGGUGCGGGAGGUCGUCUGUUCGGACACCUGGGCGGUGACUGGCUUGGUAGUGGCGUGUAUAGGCGCAUCCAUGAGCGUGGUGGUGAUAGCUGUUUUUGCCGUGAUGUGGUGUCAGAUGGGCCAUCAUCACAAAUUGCUCCGCGAGCGUAUUGAACAGGGCAGUGCGCAGGUCUACCGCAUGGUGCUCUCGGGCGAUGCCGCCUGGCAUUUCGCCAACAUGGUCUAUGGCCCAGGAGGCCACCGGCGCAAGCAGGCCUGCCAGGGCUUCCCUUGCCUCGAGCUGGGUGUGCUUCUGCCUCUCAUGCUUACGCUGAUGGUGCAAGCCCAGCUUGCUGUUGCUUUGGCCGGCUUGGGCGUGGCGGCCUUCCUUGUGUCCAUCCGCCUGGGCCUGCUGCUUCACAGUGUCCUGAUGUCACGGGCCCGGCUCUACAAGCGGACCACAGACAUCGCCUUCUGCACCCUGCCGGAGGAUCGGAAGAUCUGCGUGAUCUACAACGGCAGCAUGCUGCUCUUCCGAAACAUCGGGGAUAUACCGGCCCAGGGGCCCAUCAACGCGCAAGGGCCCAUGGAUGCCCCUUCCCUUGCCCAGACGCAGCUGGUGGCGCGUCACGAGGUACCGGAGGACGACGGCACGCCCAUCACGGGCUGGAGCUUGAGGAUCUGCUACCUCACCUGGAACAAAGACCAGGGGUGGACGCCCCGCGAGCGGUUCUUUCCCGUGGACCCGGCGAGGCUGCAUGACUUCCACCGAUGGCUCAUGGAGGACGAGCAGCAGCGGCUCUUCCGCUUCGCCGGGGCGGCGCUGUCCACGUCCCAGAUGCCCGCGACCACCAGGCGGGCUCUGGCAGGUCCCAGCCAGCGCCAGACCGAGGAGGACUUGCCCCGCAUGCUGAUGCAGACGCAGGUGCUCGCCAUUCACACCGACGACGGCCGGGACCUUCGGCUCCUGUCCUUGGCGGGCGAGGAAGUGGCCCGAGUCCUGGUACAUGACGCGGAGCUUGUAGCGGACGUGCUGCACCGGGUUUGCGUGCGGCCAGAGUUCGGGGGCUCUGAGGUGAAGAUCGUGCUACCCGGUGGGCAGACCUUGGACAGGAUUGACCCGAAGCUCACGAUUCAGCAGAUUCGCCCUCUGCUUCUCAACGUCUCCUCGGAACUGGCUUAA